GACCGACGUCGGUUGAUCUAGCUAGCAACUUUGCAUGUAAUUUUAAGUCGUUUGAAUAAUGUUUAUAGUCAUGAUCUAAUUUCACAAGAUUCACAAAGGGUUUUGAACAGACUUUGAACCCUGUGAGUCGGGUGAAAGGUCAAGCGGCCAUCUUUGAAGCGAUCCAGAGAGCUGUGGUGGUUUCUAGAAUGCUAGUUAACUAGCUACUAUACUAGUACUGUAGCUAACGAAGAAACGUACGUUUCAAAGUAACGUUACAGCUACAUGUAUUCAAACGGCACAUUGCUAAAUUAUAAAUAGAUGUAUUGUUAACCUCAAAAAGUUGUGGGGUGUGUAACGGUACAUCAAAUAGUACUUUCUGGGCACAUCAUGUCUUCUUUUUCUGAGUCUGCGUUGGAGAAGAAGCUUUCGGAGCUCAGCAACUCUCAGCAAAGUGUACAGACGCUGUCUCUGUGGAUCAUUCAUCAUCGUAAACACUCGCCGCUCAUCGUCAAAGUAUGGCACAGAGAACUGAAGAAAGCAAAAAGCAGCAGGAAGUUGACUUUCCUUUAUCUUGCCAAUGACGUGAUUCAAAACAGCAAGAAGAAAGGUCCAGAGUUCGCCAAAGACUUUGAGACAGUCCUUGUUGACGCUUGCUCUCAUGUUGCAAGAGAGGCAGAUGAUGGCUGUAGAAGGCCCAUCGACAGGCUGCUCACUAUCUGGCAGGAGCGCAGCCUCUACAAGGCAGAGUUCAUCCAGCAGCUGAAGCUCGCUAUCGAAGACUCAAACAGCCCCCAACACCAACCCACAGAGGAGAAGAAGGCCCCUAAACGGACCUAUCAGAAGAUGAUCCAAGAGCCGGAGGAAGAGGAAGAAGAUGACUACAGGGGCAACAUGUCCCCACAGAAUUCAGACUUCUCAGGGCCACAGCUGACGGAGGAGCUGGUCAAAGCCCUGCAGGACCUGGAGAAUGCAGCCUCGGGUGAUGCUGCGGUGCGCCAGAAGAUUGCCUCUCUGCCACAGGAGGUGCAGGAUGUGUCCCUGCUGGAGAAGAUCACAGAUAAAGAGGCAGCUGAUAAACUGUCCAAGACAGUGGAUGAGGCCUGUCUACUGCUGGCUGAGUAUAACGGACGUCUGGCUGCUGAGCUGGAGGACAGGAGGCAGCUGGCGCGCAUGCUGACCGAGUACAUCGGUAGCCAGAAGGAAGCCCUCACAGAGAGGGAGAAGAAACUAGAAGAGUACAAACAGAAGCUGGCACGAGUCACGCAGGUGCGCAAGGAGCUCAAGUCUCACAUCCAGAGCCUGCCUGACCUCUCUCUGCUGCCCAAUGUGACGGGAGGCCUGGCCCCUCUACCCUCUGCUGGAGACCUGUUCUCCACCGACUGAGUUUCCUGCUCCCUGUCACAACCUGCCUCUCGCCAGGGCACACACUCCCUGUCGAACCCGCUCACUAGCUACUGAACCCAAGGGAGAGACUGAGAGAGACAUUGGAAGCUUGGGGACAUCCCUGGUGGGAGAGACAAUGGUUGUUGAAGAUUCCGUUCCACCAGCUUGGACAAAUCUCCUUUACAUUUUUAUUCUGAACGCCAGUCAAACGCUAGCUAACUGAUUCUGUGUUGAAGAGGAAUGUUUUGUCAUUAGCCAAUCCCCAUUUUUGUGUUCAUAUGGUGAGAUGGUGGCUCGCACACGCACUAGAUCAUGUGUCAAACUCAUUCCACGGAGGGUCAACUGUCUGUGGGUUUUCACUCUUCCCUUGUACUUGAUUGAUGAAAUAAGGUCACUAAUUAGUAAAGAAAUCCCCUCACCUUGUUUCUGUGUCUUAGGGAAAAGCAAAAACCCUCCAUGGAAUGAGUUUGACACCCCUGCACUAGAUCGUCGAGACAGCUUUGUGAAGAGACACAUCACAUUUAUUUUAACGGCUUUAAGUUGGUUGCUUUUUAAUGUUGAUGAAAUUUCAGGUGAUUUUUUGUUAAGGUGUAUGUAGGGAGGGGGCCUGUUUUUCCAUGUAGGUUGUCAUUAUUUACCAUUAUCUGUAAUUCCAGUUCAACACACAACAAUAUCCUUACCUUCAGGUUUGUCAUACAUAGCACUGAGUGGCCAAUCAUUGGUCAAUAACAUUUCAUCCAUGUAGUGGUGUUUCUCAAUCCAUUGUGAAAUAGUUUAGCCCUCAGACAAGUGAUUGAUUGAAGUUAUUUGAGCAAACUUGGGGCAGAUUGAGAUGCUCACUGUCUUUGCUGAGCUCUGCUGAUGUCAUCCUUUGUCACAGAUGAUUGUAUCACUUGGUACAAAUGUCAAACUAAGAGGCUUUUCAGGACUGGGCCCGGCCACUACUUAUUCAGCAUUAUUCAGACUUUUUUGAAGAGUAGCAGAAAGUUAACAUGGUUCGUUCUGUCACUAGUUUGGAUUAUGGGCACAGACCUGAGAGAUAAGUGUUUCCCCAUGUUGAAGAAUAGUAAUACGACAUCUGCCCAUGGAAAUGUUGCUUUACUACAGAUGGUAGACCUGUGUGGCAUGUAUUUCUCUCUGCCAAUGCUUUACUACAGAUGGUAGACCUGUGUGGCAUGUAUUUCUCUCUGCCGAUGAUUUACUACAGAUGGUAGACCUGUGUGGCAUGUAUUUCUCUCUGCCGAUGCUUUACUACAGCAGUAAUUUCACUUAUAAAAUAAUUCCAUGGAUAGAAAUAAAAUGGAACCAUUUGGAAAGAGCUGUGCUAACUGGUUUAUACUCUGAGUAAUGUGACAUUGAUACGCUGGACCUGUUAAUUUUUUUGGGGUGGACGUUUGGAAUCUAUCGACUUUCACCAGCGUCUUCCGACUGGUGGCGUCACUCAUCCAUGAAGACAAUGGACUUUCACAGCGUUCACGAAAAUAAUAUAUAUAUAUAUAUAUAUAUAUAUAUAUAUAUAUAUA